GCAGAUUUACAUGUAUAGGCAGUAAGCUGUGAAAGUAGCUCCCAAAAAUGAAAAAAUAAUAACCUGUAUGAGAGGCGCACUCUGCAUGAUCAUACAAAAUAUAUCUGUCUUCUUUUUCACAUACAUGUACAUUACAUCUACUUGUAAUGUUCUUGGCAUUUAGUUGAAAUGUUCUUUGUUAUUGUUUUUUGCACAACAAUCAAGAUUCUGAUUCAACAAUCGAAUCUGACCACAUGUCACUGUCAGUUCUGGGUCAGUGGGAGGUCAUUGGGACAUUCAAAGGCGCUUCCAUAAGAAACAACUUUCUGUAUUGACUCUGUUCAUAAUGGGCAUAGAUUUGAGCACACAAUACUUUGUGUCUGGGAUCCCUUCAGAAAGGGGUGUGACUGCUCUUAACUCAAGGAAAGUGCAUUCUUCUGAACCAGCGCACCAGAGCAGGACGUGGUGGUUGAUGUGUUGAGUGUUGACCAGAUGAGAUAGUAGACCAAGCUCUGUCUCUGAACAUAUUGAAGCAUUAAAGUUUUGUGCAAGAUGAGUACAAUGAUUAAUAAUGGACUUGCGGGUGACAAGAAGGAAGGUGACCCGGGAACUUCUUCCGAAAUGACAGAUCCGGCAGCCAUCAACAAGUUGAACAACAACAACGCCAAAAAUCCGGACCCCUACGGCAUCAGAGCGUCCAAGAAGCAAGUUGCCACCAAUGUAACAGAACAAACCCAUCAUGUGUCCAGGGACAAGCGUGGUCAGGUCAUGGGCCUGCGUGGGGGCUUCCGUGGAUGUACCAUCUGGUUCACUGGUUUGUCCGGAGCCGGUAAGACCACUGUGUCCUUUGCCCUUGAGGAAUACCUCUGUCACCAUGGUAUCCCAGCCUACGGUCUGGAUGGAGACAACAUGAGAACUGGUCUCAACAAGAACCUUAGCUUCACCCCAGAGGACCGUGAAGAGAACAUCCGUCGUGUCGCUGAGGUCGCUAGGCUUUUUGCCGACGGUGGUAUCGUCUGUCUUACUUCGUUCAUCAGUCCCUACUCUAAGGAUCGUGAUGUUGCAAGACAACUCCACCAGAAGACUGGUCUUCCGUUCUAUGAGAUCUUUGUCAAUACUCCAUUGGAGGUUUGUGAGGAACGUGAUGUCAAGGGACUCUACAAGAAGGCUAGGGCUGGCCUUAUCAAGGGAUUCACUGGUAUCGACCAGGCCUAUGAGGCACCCGAGAACCCAGACCUGGUCCUCAUGUCUGGCAGGGACAGCGUCAAGGAUGUGGUCCAGCAGCUGGUUAGCUUCCUCAGGUCGGAGAACAUUCUUCCUGACUCUGCUGUGGAGACUGUGAAGGAGCUUCUGGUCCCUGAGCAGGCCGUGCCUGAAGCCAUGAAGGAGGCAGAGAGCCUACCAUCUCUCAACAUCGGCAAGCUUGAUCUUCAAUGGACCCAGGUGUUAGCUGAAGGUUGGGCCACGCCCAUGACGGGUUUCAUGCGAGAGAGGGAGUUCUUACAAUGUCAGCAUUUUAACUGCCUUCUUGAUGGUGGCACUAUAAACCAGUCCGUCCCGAUUGUUCUUCCCGUUCACACCGAGGACAAGGAGCGCUUGGAGAAGGAGGAGGCGUUCACACUGAAGUACGAAGGUCGGUGUAUAGCUAUUCUACGUACACCUGAGUUCUAUCUGCAUAGGAAGGAGGAGAGAUGCUGCCGUCAGUGGGGAACGUCCCACCCUGAUCAUCCUUACAUCAAGAUGGUAAUGGAGAGUGGCGAUUGGUUGGUUGGUGGCGACUUGGAAGUCAUGGAGCGUAUCCGUUGGAACGAUGGUCUGGACAGCUACCGCCUCACCCCCAAUGAGCUCAGGGCUCGCUUCAAGGAGAUUGGCUCCGACGCUGUCUUUGCAUUCCAGCUGCGUAAUCCCGUCCACAACGGCCACGCCCUGCUGAUGAACGACACCAAACGCAGACUGAAGGAACGUGGCUACAAAAAGCCAUGUCUUCUUCUUCAUCCACUGGGUGGUUGGACCAAAGCCGAUGAUGUUCCUCUGGAUGUUCGUAUGCGCCAGCAUUCCGCCAUCCUGGAUGAAGGGGUUCUAGACCCUGAUAGUACAGUGGUAGCAAUCUUUCCAUCACCUAUGAUGUACGCAGGACCAACAGAGGUACAAUGGCAUGCCAAGGCUCGUAUGGCCACUGGAGCUAAUUUCUACAUUGUCGGUCGUGACCCAGCUGGUAUGCCCCACCCAGACAAGUCAGGUGACCUCUACGAUCAUUCCCACGGCCGACGUGUCCUUACUAUGGCCCCUGGUCUCACCCAACUAGAAAUCAUCCCAUUCCGUGUUGCUGCAUACAAUCUGAAGAAGAAAGCCAUGGACUUCUUCGAUCCAGAGAAGAAGGAGGACUUUGACUUCAUCUCGGGCACCCGCAUGCGUAGGCUGGCCCGUGAGGGGCAGACCCCGCCCGACGGGUUCAUGGCGCCCAAGGCCUGGGGGAUCCUCUCCAAUUACUACCAGUCUCUGGCCAAGAAGUAAUGCACGAUGUGAACAGCCCCCAAUACGAUCAUGAGAGAGUGAAGGAGAAAACCAAGUGUCUUUGAGGCUUUAUUGGCAAGAAAGUAAUGUUUACAUGACAGACUGAAAUCAGUUUUUGAAACUUGUCGUUUUUUUUAUAUUUUAACCCACCUUUUGAUUAAAUGCUACAGUUACACCAACGAAACCGACUCCAAACCGACCGAUAGAUAUGCCAUUGGUAAUAACAUGACAUCUUUGGUCGGUCUUGGUCGGCUUUGCCGGUGUGAAUGUGGCAUCGCCCAGCGAUAUCUCAAAAAAACAGGCAAAAUGAAUAGCUCUUUUGGUCAUUUCCUUUUGGUCAUCUCUCAGGGUUUGUCUAUAAGCUCUAUAAGCGAGCUUAGGUUGAUCCAGUUUGAAAUUGAUAUUGAUUCCUGUUUUUUGGAUAGUGAUGUCAAAUGUUUUUCUCACUUAACUAAUCACACCUAAUUCAAACAGGUAUCAACCGAUUGCACAUAUACCAUAAAGGAAAGGGGUGUGAUCUGUUCCAAAUCUUGUAUUCUGUUCAUUAUCUCGGGAAUAAGAAUCAACUUCACAAAGGCUAGCAAUUUUCAACCUUUUGAUCUUUAUUGUUGGCGAUUUAGACGACCUGGGUUGGAGCUGUAUGAGGGAAAUAUCUGGGGAACGGUGUAACUAUGAACAGUAUUAGAUUGCACUGCGCAUAAACAUCAUUAUCAAUGCUGUAGUAUCUUGGGCAUAUUGUGAAGAGAAUCCUUGCUGAAGUCACCGACUCAUUAUUCAUCAAUCUCAAAAGUGCAUGUGGAAUACCAAAUGUUGAUGAAGAUACCAAAGCCUGCAUCAUUAUUGACCUCAAAUACCUUGUUAUCCAACUAAUGUUGGGUCAGUAGAGGUGACGAAACACUUGCUUUUAUCAUAAAUCCAUCUAAAUUGUCUGGGUUUUAUUUUAUUUACUUGAGUGUGAAUUUGAUUUUAGUAUAUUUUUUUAGUGUGAACCUUUUUUACCUAGCAAUAAUGUAAACCCCCAAAACAUUUACUACAGUCUGUCAUGGUAAUGUUAAAAUUUCUUAUCAAUAAGCUUCUUCUUUGUUUGAUAAACCUAAAGCCUUUUCAUCUUUUUUUACGCUGUCUUUGUCUCUGUUAUAUAUUUUUAGAUCAUUUUGUUUUAUUCCCAUUAGGCUUUCCCCGACUUCUGAUUCCAGUGCGUGUCUGUUUAUUUUUUCAAGAGAAUUUUGUUACAGCUGAUAAGAUAAAUAAAGAAAUCAUUCCAAUGUGCCAAGAGCAUGUUCUCCAGCAAGACUUGCAAAUAAUGGAAGAAUGUUUUAUCAAAUGAAGUCUUACAUUUUUUGUACCAGCUUGCAAGAAAAGGUAAAUGGCGUCCAUUCUUGUGAUGUGUUUUAGUCAAGUGAAUAUGAGGCCAAUCAAGUGUGAAAUUAGAUUACAAUGCUCAUCUGGUGAUUAUUUGUUUUUAUCUUACUCUUAAUCUUCAUCACUGACCAUUUUCAAAUUCAAUCAAUUCUUGAUAAUAAAGGAUAUACUCAGGUCAUGCUAGAAUGAAAUUCUUCAGCUAUUUGUGUGAACAAAAAUGAAAGACAUGAGAUUAAAAUUGUGACAUUUGCGGUUUAGAAAGUGACCAGUAUUCAACAUUUAUAUAAUGCUUGUAACAGUAAUAACAGACGCAUAACUCUUUCUUUUUCCUCGGGAUGGAGUUGGAAGAGUAGAUUUUUGCUAUCUCUUCCUGAUUUUUGCAAUAUUUUUCUAAAAUAAAUUAUUCAAACUGACACAAUUUUAAAAGAAUCGCAACCUUACAGUAAAUUUCACGGGGUCCUAAGAAAGAAAAAGUGAAUUUGCAGCCUUUUUUAUAGAAGAAGAAGCACAUGUCUGUCUUGGAGAUAAUUUUUAUAUUUAUAUACAGAGAAAGAAUCGCAUCAUGAGAUAUAUUGAAUGAUAAUGAUAUGAGAAAGCAUUAAUUUAUUACAUAAGAUGUAUAGAGAUUUUAUUUAUGAUAAAUGAUUUUUGAGAGAGGUGAUAACCCAAUGAUUGUGUGCUAGAGUGACUUUGAUCAUUACCUCAUGCAAUGUAAAACAGGCAGUGUAUUGCUUUAGUUAACAUCACAGAUGACAUUUUUCUUUUAGUUAUAACCAAAUGAAAAUGAUAUGAACAAAAAGUAACAAAGAAAUUUGCUAUUUAUUUCAUUAUCAAGUACACAUCACACAAAAAUGAGGUAUUAUUUGCAUUCAGUUUACCACAUGAUGAUGAGCUGAAAGGGGGGGGGGACCAAACUUUUAUAGUUCAGUGUCUACUUCUUCAAUGAACCAUUAUCAGCAAUAUGAUGAAUGAAAGGAAACUAUUUCAUCACUGCCUUGAAAAUACAAAGCUAAGUAAAGGAAUUCAUUAGUUUGUAUAACACUGCUAUGACACUAUUAAUGUCUGAAAUGGAAUAUGAAUAAGAAUAUCUAGAUUAAAUAUAAAUGAGUAACCUGUUGACAGAUAUAUGAUAAAGAUUGAUAGUAAUGUAUGAGACGCACAACUGAAAAUUAAUUUCAAUGUAUAAUGCAUUUUCACCUGCCGUGCAGGUGAGAAUACACUUGAUGGCUGCAGCGGAGGUUUGGGAAGAUGUGGACUGCGUGUGAAAGGACCCUGCUGAUAUUGUAUGUAGUUUGUGUACAAAAGAAAACUGAUCAGAUCAUUCAUGGUAAUUAACUAUGUUCUUCUCUAGUCAAUGUAAACAUAUCACCAAAGAAUAGUUAUUAUUCAUGGAAAUGUAUUAAGACAGUAUUACAAUUGUAUUUGUCACAUCCACAUAGGAAUUGAUAAAAAUGUCCAAGCUAGCAUUACAAAUAUGUUGAAGUAAAAUACGGUAGGAAGAACAGUCAUCUGUAUUGUCAAAACAAAAGAUGGAACUGGAGGCUCUGUCAGUGUAUUUUUAAUUAUAUUGAAUAAGGAAACUGCAAAUAUAAUUCAAAAGGAAAUGUACAAGGAAUUUCAAACUUAAAAUCCUCUAGCAAAUAUUUAGAUUCUAUCCUCCAUUAAUCUGUUGGAUAAGAUGCAAAAACCUUGUUAUGUAAAGAUAAAUAAAUAAAUUUCUUUGGGACCAGAAGAAAUGUACUCUUUGUCACAGAAGCAUAACGAAAGACGAAAGCAUUUUAUUUUAUAUCCACAUUAUUCUUUGUAGAAUUUUUCCCCAUCUUGUUUAUCGCAUGAGACCAAAUACCUGGGGAGUAUUUCACAAAGAGUUUUAUCAGUGAUUUUCACCAACAGAUGUUAUAAGCUACUGUGAAUCCUCACAGCUGAUUGGCCGAGAUCAUGUAAGUGAAAAUCACUGUCAAAUCUCUUCAUGAAAGACUCCCCUGAAACUAUAUACCUUGCUGCUAUGUGAAAUGAAUUAAUUGUUCAUUCUUAUUUUGAAUAUAUUAAAUUGAUGUGACUAUAUGAAUGAUGAUGUGAGACAAUCUCAGAAAGUAUGAAAUGGAAUAUUAUAUUCAUCAUGUUUAUUCAUCAUAUUGAAUGAAUUAUUCAACACAAUGAAACCAUUUAAUAAAAUUCUCAAGAUUCUAUCCUUGCAAAAAACAUA